CAUUUACAGAGUAGGAUCAAUUUCAAUCCUGGAGACGCAUUACAAGACACUUGCCAUUAGUGCUAAGAAGUUUUAAACAGGAGGCGAAUUGUAAAUUUUUGUCGUCCAAAAUAAUAUUUUCGCAUAUAAUUCAUUAUUUAAUUUUAUUUAUUUAAUUACCGGUGUACACCGGUUGGAGAAAAAUCAUGCAGUUUGAAGAAAUCUCACCGAUUACUUGUGUUGAAUUAACAAGUCGCAUGUACAAUGUGAGCAAUGUGGUGGUGCGGUUUGAGGCAAAAGCGAACUUUCUCUCUCUGCUGAUCAUCACCGGCUUAAAACGAGGACAAUUUUCCCCCUGGUAUUAAUUACCCGUGGACACUACCUUUGUUUUCGGACUUUCACAGUGUUGCCUUCCUUACCAAGGAGUCACAAAGCAGGAAACUUCACAUCAAGAUAAUGAUGAUACUGGACUGGUGCUGGUGAAAAAUUCCACGGCCAAAAAAAUUGUUGACGUGGCUGCUCUUCCUGCUAAUAAGGAAUUAAACUUUCUCCUCAGAGGGACGAAAAUCCAUAAUAAAAGUUCAGUCACCCUCCUGCGUCCAGUCACGCACCCACCAACGGAACAAAGUCAGGCCUUUGUAAAACGUGUUCCUUCCUUAACGGACUUGCAUGUACAAAAACCUGGUAUCAAUGCUGUCAAGCCAUCUCGACGCGUAGGAUGUUCUGUUUCUUGAAAACAAAUGUACCAUAACUGAUUCAUUCAUAAUUCCAUAACAAGGAGGAACGAGGACCGUAAUUAAAGUCAUCCACAACAGUGACAUAAAAUAAGAAAAGGGUGAUAUUUCAUCAAAUCAAGAGAAUCUCGUCUUGUGGUGCGUCCAAAAAGUUCCACAAGCUCUUCAACCAGACCUUCUUGCUUGGAUCUGUCGGUGAACAUGAGUGGUAGUGUUUCAAGAGUGCUAUCAAUUUUAAGUACAACGGUGAACUUCAAAUCAAUGUAUAAGACUAAGCUUCCAUUGACUAUAGUUCGCCAAGUUCAUCAAAAAGUGUUGAAACGGUAUAAUAAAAAGUCAAAUUUACUUUCUCACAAAAUGCCUGUCAUCACAGCCGUGGCCGUGGCUGCCCAUCGUCAAAAUCAUCACCUCUCUACGGUGUCUCCAAACGAUGCGACCCAUGCACAAUUAGUGUAUCGAAGAUUCAGAUUGCUGAGUUGUGGAUCUGCAAUUGAUAUUCCUGGAACAAUGCCAUUAAUGAGAACCUCCAGUUUUGGUGGGCGUAGUUCGAUUUCGGGACCUAUGUAUCCAAUUCAAGAUUUCAUGCGUCGAAAUUAUGCCAAAGGGAAGGACAAACCAAAAACGAAAAAGGCCGUUGUGACCAUAAAUGAAGAUGAAAUUCGAGAAAUUAUUGAUGUUGACUCGCUAAAGAAACAACUGGAAAAGUUGAUGGAUCAAAUGAGAGAAGACUUCAGCAAACAGCUCAGUGUUCGUGGGGCUGCUGGGGCUUUGGAAACAUUGGUCGUCGAAUUUGAAGGAGAAUCUUACCCACUGCAAGAAUUAGCCCAAGUCGGUCGGAAGAACCCUCAGUUGGCCGUACUAAAUUUGGCGUCACUUCCCGACGCAAUCCAACCCGUCAUAAAAGCCAUUCGAGAUUCAGGAAUGAAUUUAAAUCCACAACAGGAAGGGACGACUAUUUAUGUCGCACUUCCAAAAGUUACACGGGAACACCGAGAAAAUCUCGCUAAAAACGCCAAAACCAUUUUCAACAAAUACAAGACUAAUUUUCAAGCUGUGCAAAACAAGUUCAUUAAACAAGUAAAGUCUCAAAAAGAGGCAUCUGAGGACUUAUCCUUCCGUGUCCAACAGCAGGUCAUGAAAUUAGCAGAAUCUUAUAUCGCGGACGCAGAAAAACUCCUUCACUCGAAGCAAAACGAACUUUUGGAAAUUAAUAAGUGAUUCAAUUUUUCUAUCCUUUCUGACUGAUGAUAUAAAUAUGCCUACAAAUUAGUCAUUUGUUGUUUAAGUUUAAUUAGCUCUAUAGGUGUUCAAUAAUAUAAUUAUCAAUCUUAUCCAGUAAAUAUGAUUGCAUAUUUCAAAA